GUGACCCAUUUCUGGGAUAUUUAGCUUUAUCACCAUUCACCAUUUAUCAUCAUCAAUCAUUCAUCCAAUAUCUAUAUAUAUACACAAACAUUUCGUAGAACUCAAAUCACUCACCACAUAAAACCAAAGUCCCAUCUCUUAAAAAAUCAUUUUAAAGUAUCUUCUCUCUAGUCUUUUUUUUUUUCUUUUUCUUUUGAGCAAUGUCUUCUUCUGCAAUGUCUCUCCAAUCUAUCUCCAUGACAACUCUCAACAAUAUCUCAUGUAAUCAACAAUUUCAUCGAAGCUCUCUUCUUGGUUUCUCUAAAUCCUUCCAAAAUCUUGGAGUCUCUUCUAUCGGUCCAGAUUCCUCCACUAGAUCAAGUUUCAAUCCCAAGAAGAAACUCACUCCUACUCGAGCUCUCACCCAGGACUUAGGAAAUACCGAAAACCCCAGACCAAGUAAAGUUCAAGAACUGAGCGUGUACGAAAUCAACGAUUUAGAUAGACACAGCCCAAAAAUUCUUAAAAACGCAUUCAGCUUAAUGUUCGGUCUCGGAGAUCUUGUCCCAUUCACCAACAAACUAUACACCGGCGAUCUCAAGAAACGCGUAGGCAUCACGGCAGGUCUCUGUGUCGUCAUCGAACACGUCCCGAAGAAAGGUGAAAGAUUCGAAGCUACUUAUAGCUUCUACUUCGGAGACUAUGGUCACUUGUCCGUUCAAGGACCGUACUUGACUUACGAGGACUCGUUCCUCGCUAUCACUGGUGGCGCUGGAAUCUUUGAAGGUGCGUACGGACAAGUUAAGCUUCAACAGAUUGUGUAUCCGACAAAACUGUUCUACACUUUUUUCCUUAAAGGAUUGGCUAAUGAUUUGCCGUUGGAGCUCACCGGAACGCCGGUACCUCCGUCUAAGGACGCGGAGCCAGCACCGGAAGCUAAGGCGCUUGAGCCUAGUGGAGUUGUAAGCAACUUUACAAAUUAGUGAAUAAAAUUAGUCUUAUCUUUCUCUUGUCCAGUAUAAUAACUUUUUUCAUAACGAAUUUUUUAUAUACUCUUAUUCUUGUAAUCGAAUAAUAUGUAUGUAUAGUCUGAAUGAAGUAUGUUUGAGUUGAAAAAUACUUCUAAUAGAAUCUUUAAUUUUGAGUUUA